CAGGUACAAAGAAUGGAAAGUUGAUUCGUCAUCGGAUCGGAAAAGCUGGUACCGAGAUAUCUGAUAAGAGUAGUGGACAACUAAACAUUGAGGAGAGAUUACCUUAUUAAUGAUACUACUUGUUUGAGUUGAUCAAGGCUGGACUCUACGUUUUCAUGGUUUUAACAAGCACAAGGCUGCAAUAGCAAUUACAUGGGUCAGACUUGUCCAUUCAACAUGAGAAUUCUUCAAUUCUUUCUCGCAUUGGCAUGCUUUUUCUCUGCCGCCUUUUCAACCAAUCCUCCUACAGACAAGUUUGAAAAGUAUCAGCUUCUUUCCCAUUCUACAUCAGUUAAACUAGAUGAUUCUUCAUACGAAGAUUUGGUCUCGAAGCCCCGGGAUUAUUAUUCUGCAAUCAUCUUGACAGCUACCGAGGCUCGUUAUGGUUGUGUUAUCUGUCGCGAAUUUCAGUCCGAAUGGGAAAUUAUCUCCAAAAGCUGGAACGAAGGAUCCAAACCUGAUGACAUUCGAUUGCUGUUUGGCAGCCUCGAUUUCAGCAUGGGAAAGAAUACGUUUCAGAAACUUAUGCUUCAAACGGCACCAGUGGUCCUUGUCUUCCCUCCUACCAAUGGUCCACACGCGAAGAUUGAUAGCGCGCCUUUGAGAUUCGACUUUACCGGUCCUGUCUCUGCUGAACAACUUUAUACCUGGAUUACCCGUCAUCUUCCAGCUGGACCCAAACCACCUCUUGUUCGACCAACAAACUAUAUGCGCAUAGUUUCGGCUGUCACGCUCGCUAUGGGAUUUAUUACACUUGUAACCGUUUUGUCGCCUUACAUACUCCCCGUUAUUCGUAACCGAAACCUGUGGGCCGCCCUCAGCCUUAUCGCCAUCCUUUUAUUCACGAGCGGCCACAUGUUCAACCACAUUCGCAAGGUGCCUUAUGUCGCUGGUGAUGGGAAAGGAGGUAUAAGCUACUUCGCCGGUGGAUUCUCAAACCAAUUUGGAAUGGAGACUCAGAUAAUCGCUUCAAUCUAUGGCGUGCUUUCAUUUGCAACCAUUGCUCUGGCAAUGAAAGUCCCCCGAAUUGCAGAUAAGAGAACGCAGCAACUAGUUAUUAUCAUUUGGGGUACUGUCAUGCUAGGCAUGUAUAGUUUUCUACUCAGUGUCUUCAAGACGAAGAAUGGAGGUUACCCCUUCUUUUUGCCGCCAUUUUAGUUCACCUUAUCUUGAACUUUGUUGGUUGGUAAUAAGUUGGACUUCCACCAACCACUCUAUUCCCCCAAAUUCGAUGCUAGGCCAUGUCAGUUCGCACAGUGAAUAAUGAUACCUAGGUAUAUCCAUGGAUAGGUGAUUAAACUGCUAUAUGACUUUUUUUAUUAAGUCCUAUUUAUUCUCCCCGCCUCUAUCCUAUUAUCUGCAUGUGACAGAAAUUGGAAGCGAAUAUUUAUAAGGUGAUAUAAUUUAGUUAUAGUCUUGGGGUAGUUAUAUAACAGAUGUAUGUAUAUAUUAAGUAGCUA